UUUUCUAAUUAUAUUUAGUUUUGAUUGUGAUGUUCAGGAAAAGAAAAAGAUGAUUGAUGAUGAAGCUUUGGGAUUCAUUGCCAACUCUCUUGGCAUUUUCAUUUUUGCUUUGGUUAUAGCAUAUCAUUUGGUUAUCGCCGAUCCCAAAUAUGAAGCCAAUUAGAUACUAUCAUUAUCAUGUAUUCAAGACACAAUUUUGUUGGAUUCAGUUUUGUUGAUCCAUCUGUUUGAUGAGUUUAUUUAUAAAAACAUUUUGUAGCUUAUAACACCUAAUAAAAUUCUGAGUAUUUGAAAGUUGGUAUUUAACCAUAUUUCAUUGCCAUUGGUUUAUA